UCAUAGAUCUCAUCAGAAGGUCGCCAUUGUUAGGAAGUGUAAAGGUGCAUAUCUGUCUCGCUCUCCACAGGACGAAGGUUUUAGGGGCGUCGUGGCCCUCGCAGAUCCUCCAGGAUGUCUUCUCCAAGUGCAGGAAAGCGUCGCAUGGACACUGACGUCAUCAAACUAAUCGAGAAGAAGCAUGAAGUAACGAUGUUGAACGGCCUCAAUGAGUUCUGUGUGAAAUUUUAUGGACCAAAAGGCACCCCAUACGAGGGAGGUGUCUGGAAAGUUCGUGUGCAUCUGCCAGAGCAUUACCCUUUCAAAUCUCCCAGCAUUGGGUUCAUGAACAAAGUGUAUCACCCGAACAUUGACGAAGUGUCUGGGACUGUUUGCUUGGAUGUCAUAAAUCAAGCAUGGACCGCACUGUAUGAUUUGUCCAAUAUUUUUGAGAGUUUUCUACCGCAGCUGCUAACGUACCCUAAUCCCAUCGAUCCCUUAAAUGGGGACGCAGCAGCCAUGUAUCUUCAUAAACCUGAAGAGUACAAGAAAAAAGUUUCAGAUUACGUUAAGCGUUAUGCAACGGAGGAAGCGCUGAAGGAGCAGGAAGCUGCCCAGGCAGACUCCUCCGACUCCGAGUCGUCCAUGUCAGACUUUUCGGAAGAUGAAGCACAAGACAUGGAGCUCUAACCAGCCCAUCUGGCCCCCUUAAUCAUCAUGGUCUUCUUCAUCCCCCUCCCCCCCUCACCUACUGCUCCAGACUCCAGGCCAACUUGAGCCUGCAACGAUGCUUCUUGAAUGCAACUCUGUGAUGGUGAACAAUUGAAAGAAGAGGUUAAAAUAGUGCUGCCGCCUCACACUUGUAACGUGAUAUUUGCAACACUAGGACUCUUCGCUGCUCACAGCUGCAACUUACUCGAGUAAUGGUGUAAAUAUGGAUAAAAAGAGUUGUGGGGUUUUUUGUUUUUCAAAACCGUAGAGAUAUGUAAUCCGUGCAAUUCGUCUCCUGACAGGAUGGUGCCGUUUGGAGGUCAAUAUAGUGAGAGAACUUAUUUUUGUAACAAUAUUUAAGUUUGUAUUUUAAGCAGUACAGUAGUUUGUCGUUUCCCCCAUUCUUAAUCUCGGUGAAAAGUUUGACUAAAGUAUUCCUCUUUGUUUUAAAUGUUUGUAUUUACCUUUUUUUGGAAAUGUGCCUGUCAGAGCAUAGAACACCCUUAUUGUUUACAGAAUUGGUACGAAACGGUUGCUGGCCCCUCUGAGAGUUCUGGAGCUUCACAAUCGUUCACAGAGAUUAUAUUAAGUGUAAACAGUGACUCCUUCAGUGAUGAAGGAAUAGUUUUUAUACAAAAUAUUUUUUUUUUUCAUAAAGCCGCUGGUUUUCCCUAAAACUGUAUUAAUGACUCUGCUCAGGCUGUUCUGGAACUCUUCAUUUUGUUUUUGAGUGCUGUCGAUGGCUCCAUUCUGUACUUAAGGUAUUCUCACUUAUGCAGUAAAGUCUCAAUCUUUUCAUUUUAGGAGAGGAAUUCAAAAAAAGUCGUAGUCGGACCAAUAUUCACUGAAUAUGCAGUACAGUACGCCACUGUCAGGAAUAUUGUCAAAUGUUUUCUGAGUCAAAUUAUAUUUGGUGGUGUUUCCUCAGUUGUCAGAUCAUAGCCGGAGCAGACUCGUAAUACAGUAGCUCGAAGCUUGUUUUACCCAGGAUACCAGCGAGCCAAGUUAUGUGCUGUCAGCUAAAGCUAAGCAGCUACUCAUCACCCAAAAGUUGAUUAUUAAAAAGCAAUGGUAGUUCCACAAUUAGACUGAACUUGCCUUUAUUCGUUGAGAAGUGUACUCUGAAUAUUAAUCCAAAUUAAGUCAAAUGUUCAAAAGCCACAUUUGAUUUUAAUAUAUAGCAAGUAUCUUGUUUUAGCAACGACAACUUUUGGUCAUGACACUGUUUGGACGGGAGUUGAUCAAGCGCGUUCUACAUAACGUUGAGUGUGUUGUUGUCUUCGUUUUUACCUUAUGAUGAUGAUGAUGAUGACAGAAGGUUUAAUGUGUCUAUUUUGUUUUACUGGUGAAGAGAUGCUUGAGCUGGACGACUCGAUACACCCCUCCCUCAUUCAUUCAUUACUUUUGCAUUUUUUCCAUCAAGAUAGUACUCCCCCCAGAGUUUGUUUACCUUGACGACACGUACAAGUCAGAAACUCGACCGUUUGUCACCGCUAGCUCAAGGCUAGAGAGAUAAAGACAAGUAAAUCCAGAGACUGUAAUCAGUGCAAGUAAGGGACUGAAUAACCCAUUAUAUGGCAAACUGUACUAGGGCAAACUAGAUAGCUUUAUUCUUAUUGUAUAUCUGAAUUGUAUAUGAAUCUUGUUUGUAUUUUUAUCAAGUGUAAUUGACAUUUACUGCCAUCGUAAUCUGAUAACAUGAUAAAAGAUAAUUAACAGUAAGGUAGGUUUAAUAAAUGUACUACUGUUCGACUAGGAUUGGCACAAGUGCGAUGCCCCAUAAUGCUCAGCAUGUCUUUAGUUCCAUUGGAAGGUUAUUAGUUUUGAGUUCAGACUUUUCAGAUUAAAGGAAACACUUGAAAAAAAAAAUCACUAUUGUAACUUGAGUGGGUGAACUACUCUCAAGUUUGGAGAAGCCUAUCCUAGUCAGUUUUGUUUUCAUUUUGAUUUAACAGUUUUCUUUUCACAAUUUUAUUUGUCACACAAACUGCAGUUUAUGGACGAGGUGGUUAAUGAGUCAGAUGGAAGUCUAUAAUUUUGUCAAUCAAAAGAAGUUUGAACAAAUGUUGUUCACAGUAUUCCUUUGGAUAUAUAAAAUGCAGUUUGUGUAGCUUUACUGAAGCUACCAGCUGCAAGCAAAUUUUCAUUUGCCUUUUAGCAUGAGGGGUUACAACUCCUCGUUCCUUCCCAACAUAUGUAUCUAUUGUGAGUAUGCAAGACAAAUAAGUGUCAAGGUUUAUACCUGGUACCGGGUGUAGACCUCCACUUAGCAAUAACACAUUAUAAUAUUCUUGGGUGAAAUUACUCGUUUUCCAUCUGUGUAUGUGGCAGACUUCACGAUGCUAAAGUCUUUGAAGGUGUCGUUUCGUAACCCGUGAUCUUAUAAGAGCUUUAAUGUCAAACUCGGUGUUUUGCAUGCCAACACACACACACACACACACACACACACACACACACACAUUCUGUUUUUGGUGAGUGUUGGGUUAGUUAAAAAACCAUCCUCUCUUAUUCUGUAAUUUGUAUAGUAAUUAUCAAGAGCACACUUUUGUGGGCAAGAACAACCUGUUAUCAGUUACUCAUUUUGAGAAUGACCACAUUGAAUUUUUCAAUUCCUGUACUAAACAAAACAAUAACCACCACCUAAACAGUAUCUGUAGAAUUUCUGAAACGAGUUUCAGCCAAAAUGUAUAAGCGAAAGUGUUUCAGUAACCAUUUGAUUAAAAACUUACUUUUUUUAGAAUCUUUUUGUCUCUGAGCAGAAUUUAGUUUAAGAGGAGUUGCUUGUUGUAAUUGUAAGUAAAGGAUAUGUUUGUAGAUUUAGUGUGUGGUUUCACUUGGCAAAGAGGAUAUAAGAGCUGUGCUGAUGCUGUGUGUAGAGUUUUCUUAGCAUAGGCUGACCAUCAUCACAACACUUUGGCUCAUCACGUGAGUCGCCUUUCAGAACUGUUAGAGACGUUCAGGUUUAUUUUUGGUUUCCCCACGGAAAGUUAUUAUCAAAUUCAAAAGCCAGAGGUAAAUUCAUACGCGAGGGAUAAUAGCAUGAAGACUCGUUGCAGUUGGUAAGCUGAAGGAUGUCUUGAUGUAGCCUUUAGUUGUUAAGGUCCAUUAAUAAUAAUUAUAAUAAUAAUAAUAAUAAUAAUAAUACUGUCCAGCCAGCCCCCCAAAAGCUUUAAGGGCAAGUGCUCAUGAGGAGCGUGUCGAAGGUGUGGGAUAAAUGGAAAGACAGCAUGUCUCCUGCUAAUUACUUUGCAUGGUUAGGUAAAGCGUCAGGUGUCUUCAAGGUAUCUGCCUAAAUUCCAAAAUAUAGUUUAUUAAAUGACCAAAGCAAAAUGACCAGACCAGAGAAACUUCUGUGAGAAGUUCUGCAGUCAGGUUGAUAAUUCGUAAAUAUUGUUGAUGGAUUGAUAGGAAAGGUUCUAUUGUCUAUGCAAAUGCUUUUGUACAAACUUUAAAAGUUAGUCCUUUCUUUUCAUAUGAAAUCAAUUUGGAGGUUUAUUUGUUUCAGGUGUUUUUUAUUAGCAUUGUGAAAUGGCAUUAGAGGUUAAAAGUGAAUGAUCAGUGAAAAGUGGCUAUAGUUGGAUGACCUUAAGGGAUUUCAAUCACUCGUAAUAAUGUCCCAUGAAGUGGUAGUUCUCUGCUGUUGGGGUUCAAUUUAAUUAUGUAAAUUUCAUAUAAUGGAAUUAUACGUACUAGCACUUGUGCUGAAACAAAGAAUCUCUGUUACAUCACAUCAUAAAUCUCACCGUCCUUGAAAUUACCUCAGAAGUCUUAAUACAAUAAUGGUCGUAUUGGCCUGGGCAUUUGAUCGUUGUCUUCAAUUGGCUUAGGCACCAAGUGUCGUGCAAUAGUCUCGUGAUUGGUUGAUGGGGUUAAUAGUCGACAGUACACAUUGGGUUUCGUGUAAUAAUAAAGGUUUAUCUAUCGAGCAUAGUUUCACACAUGCAGAUUUGAAGAUUAACAAUCUUUGGUACGUGCAAUAGGAGUAAUUUGUCAUUUUGUGUGUUUGUUAGUCAGCAGUGACAGAAUGCACCACUGAUCUGGCAAGAAAUGGGAAGAGUUCGGAAAGUCAAAAUUGCAUCAUUUAUCUGAUCCACAUUGUCUCAAGUCACCACAGGAAUGGAGUUAUUUCAUUGCUUCUCUGCAGCUUUGCUCAUUACUUAGUCAUUGCAAGAACCUCCUGGAUUAAGGACCAAAGGUGUAAAUAGUGCAAUUAACUUGAGUGACCAGAUUCAAGAGCACUUUGUCUUUCAUAACCAUAACCUCACUGUCUUUCAUAGGGGGGUCUGGCUGGUACACUGACACAAGGGAUGAAAUUGUAGGAACAUUAAUGAUUACAGGUACCACAAAGAUUCAAGCUGAGUUUUGCUUCAAUUCCAUGAUUAGGAAGUGAGAACCCCUGAUAAAUUGUCAAGUACAGUAGUGUCAAUAUCUUCUUGCAGAUAAUCCAUUGGUGGAAAUAGUGGUCUGGUAUCUCCAUUUGCCAAAUAUUAAGUGUUUUUACAGCUCCAACAUUGUGGCAGUCUUGUAUAAGAUAUUUCCCCCUGUUAAGUCACAGUAGCUAGAGGAAAAGGUAGAGCACAUGUCAAGAAUGUUUGUACUCAAUUGCAUGAAAGGAGUUUCCACGUGUACAAGCGUAUGAAACCUGUAAUGAGGCGUUGAUAGCUGCAAGGAAAAUAAAUCAAGGUUAAUGUUGGUCCACGAGAGGAAAAGAAACCAUUUUGAAAGCACAGGAUCAUGACUUUAAAUUUUUCUUUAGCACCAUUAUCUUUCAUGAAAAAAGUUUCUUAUUUUUAAGGAAGUGUGUGUUCAAGAUGGCUCAUUUGUGUACAGUACAGUUAACCUUCACAAGAAUUUCUCAGGUGUGUGAUUUUCCUUAGCAAGUGGCUCUGCAUUAAAUUAAUCAAAAUCCAACGAUGGCCUAGAUUGAAAUUGCUCGUUGAUCAGCUAAACCAAUAUGCAAAAUCAUUAAAAUUGUGGGGUUUGAUUGAUCACUUACUCAUAUUAGGACAAAACGCAAGGUAAUGAGGUUUGUACUGUACGAAGGGAAGCACGAAGUUAUUAAUAACAGAAAAUUGGCCGGGGUCUUUUCACCUGAUGACUUAAAACACUCUUGUUAAGAUUUCAUAUGUAAAUAAAUUUUGCAGUUAUAGAUGUUUAUGAUUACUGUAUUUAGGAAUGAAUGCCAAUUGAAAGAAAUCUUUAUAUUAGACAUUUUGAUGACCACCUCAAAGCAUUGUGUAAGUGCUGGCUAUCAUCACUUUGUAUAUUCUUAAGCUGAAUAAAUGGCUUUGUGUUAUUUGUAA